UAACGUGUGACGUAUUUCCGCCAGCAACGGUGUGCCGUGUCCCUCCAUCAGCCAUUCAGCGAGUGAGGGAUCUCACCGUUUAAUAACGUCUUUUCACAAGGAUAAACGUUAACCUUUUCCUUCUGAGGAUAACAGUAACUUUUGCGGUAGCCACUAUUUUAUUUAACGUUACUCAGAGGCGGAAUGAAAAUGUAGCCGUCGUUUUUAUUAACCAUUAACCGCAGGUUAGCUGUUAGCUUCGUUAGCCGUUCCGGCCCCGAUCGGCUGUAUGUGACCAGGAAGGCCGAGCGCCUCUUUGUUUUUAAGGAUGUAUCCCUCCUGGGGGAACUUCGGCGGACCUCAGGCACAGAACUAUGGAGGGCCUGGGCCUCGUAAGCAGCCGGCUGCCGGUAACCCCGGGCAGCCUGCCGCGGUGUUCGGCGGAUUCGACGCUUCGUCCGGCGGCGGCUCGUUGUUCUCCAGCCUGCAGGAGCAGCACCUCCAGCAGAUGCAGCAGCUGCAGAUGCUGCACCAGAAGCAGCUCCAGUCGGUGCUUCACCACGGCAACAAUGCUGCUGCGUUCGGUGGCGGACUCUCGGGUGGGUUUCCGGGGUCGCCGUGGCAUUCAGAAGGAUCGGGACAGUUCGACAGCAGUGCAGCAACUCAGCCUUACUUCAAACAAGACGAGGCUCAGCCGGGGAGGGUCCCUCCUGCCCCCACACAGGGGGGACACCAGCAGCCUCCUCCGCCUCCACCACAACCGCACUCCGCCGAGGCCCAGCCGGUUCCUCCCCCUCCAGAGCCCCAGUCAAAGCCUCCGGAGAGUAACGGUGCUGCCAAACCUAAACAGACCCCCAAGAAGGAGCCAUCCACGACAGAAGGCGAGAAAUCCUUACCUCUGCAGGAGCAACAACAGCUUUGGUACAAACAGCAUCUUCAGAAUCUCCAGAAAUUGAAGCAAGAGAAAGCCAAACAGAAUCAGAAAGAUGGUGAUGGUUCUGCAGGCCGAACAGCAGCUCCUCCCCAGCCGUCAGAACCACCGAAAAAUGCACCUCCUCCACCACCUCCUAACGAAGAACCCCCAGUACCACCUCCACCACCCGAGGAAGCACGGCCCGAAGUCCCAAAAGACCCAGAGGAAGCUGCCCGCCUCCAGCAGUUACAGGCUGCAGCAGCACAGUGGCAGCAGGUGCAACAGCAGAGAGCAGGCUUACAAUACCAGGCUCUCAUGCAACAACAUGAAAAGCUUCAGCAGAUUUUGGAAAAAUAUCAACAGCUGAUUCAGCAACCUGCAAACCUACAGUCAAUGUCUGCUGAAAUGCAGCUGAGGCACUAUGAAAUGCAGCAGCAGCAGUUCACCCCUUUAUUCCAAGACUGGGAUCGCUGCUUCGUCUUGUGGUAUGAACAGUUCCAGACCUAUCCCCACAAAGACCAAUUGCAGGACUAUGAGCACCAGUGGAAACAGUGGCAGGAGCAGAUGAACGCCACCAAUGCCCACCUGCAAGAAAGGGUGGCAACUCUUACUGCCAUGGUGCCAUUUGCCUCAAGCCAGUAUAGCAGUGGGAUCAUGGGACAGUUUGGCCAGUACCCUGGACAGGACACACAAAGGCAGCAGCAGUCAGUAAAUCCAGGUGUACAGCAGUCCCCAGGCGCUAGUGGACCAAGGCCUCAAGGUUCACAGCCUACUGGCUUUGGGACACACUCAGAAUCACAAGCUGGACCCACUGUGCGACCAAGUGGCCCUGCUGGUACUGGAGUCAGACCUCCAGGUCCCCCAGUUGUUCAGCCACCAAGCUUCAACAGCAUUAGAGGUCCACGGCCAAACAACCCCAGAUUUGACCAGCCACAGCAAGGUUUUGAUGCUCCCCCAAGGUUUGACCAACCACAGCAGCGUUUUGAUGGUCCUCCGAGAUUUGAAAAACCACAGCAGCGCUUUGAUGGUCCUCCGAGGUUUGAUCAACCACAACAGCGCUUUGAUGGUCCUCCAAGGUUUGACAAACCACAACAGCGCUUUGAUGGUCCUCCAAGGUUUGACAAACCACAGCCGCGCUUUGAUGGACCUGCUCGGUUUGACCAACCACAGCGCUUUGAUGGCCCUGCAAGAUUCGACCAGCCACAGCAGCGUUUUGACGGCCCCACUCGAUUUGACACACCAAGGCAUCGGUUCGAUGGUCCCCCCAGAUUUGACCAACCAAGGCAACGCUUUGAUGGUCCCCCCAGAUUUGACCAACCUCGAUUUGGGCAGCAGCCUCGGUUUGAAACUGCAAGGCACCCUGGCCCUUCACCUCGUUUUGAACGUCCACCUGUGCCUCAGCAAGGUCCCCAACCUAAGGCAGAACAAGGCACUCAGCAGCCUGCUAGUGUAGAGUCCAAGACCCAGGGGAAAUCACCAGGUCAUUCACAGUCUGAAAAAGAGAAAGGUGAAUUGGAACCUGUUAAUAAGACCAAUACUGAAGACAUGACGGAUGACAACUUGCUUGCAAAUGAGGGCUUUUUUGUCCAAAGUGACCCAAUUCCUCAGACAUUAAAAACAAGCACUAAACCUCAGGAAUCCGAUAGCAAAAACACUUCUGAUAAUAGUGAAAAAUCCAAACCUGUUAAUAGCAAGCCUUCUGUAGCUGCUACUUCCAAUGUGGUCUUAGAAAAUCCUGCACAAAAUCCUCCCAAACCGGAUGGGCCAAUGUCAAGCAGCAAGCCACCAAUGAUUCCAAAGCCUUCUGGGAUCAAACCAGAACCACAAGGUCCUGGCCAAAUGCCGUCACGACCGGAGCCUCUAAGGCCUACCCCUAGUAGGGGCCGAGGCCAGCCUCCCAUGCCUGCCCAAGUACAUGGUCGAGGACGUGGGUUAAGGGCCGGUGGAGAGUUUGGGGGAUCAAACACUGGGCCUGUUGGGGAGAAGAUAGGAGAAAUGCCUUAUGACUAUGAGAGAUCUGAAGAGAACAUGGGGAUGCCAGAAGAGCAAGAAGACUAUCACUGGCAAGACCCUUCAUAUGAGGAGUUUGGCGGUGAGGAAUCAGAGGUUCCCCCUGAAGAAAUGUGGAUGCCAGAAGAGCAUCACUUCCCAGAGGAAGAGUAUUAUGAAGAGCCAAUAGGAGGACCUCACAUGGGUAGGGGAGGACGCCCAAUGAUGAGAGGUGGACCCCCAUUGAUGAGAGGAGGUCCACCUGUAGGUAGAGGUGGUCAUCCUAUGGGAAGAGGAGGACCACCUAUGGGUAGAGGGGGACCACCUAUGGGGCGAGGAGGUCCACCCAUGGGUAGAGGGGGAUCACCUAUGGGGCGAGGAGGUCCACCCAUGGGUAGGGGAGGGCCACCUAUGGGUAGAGGAGGGCCCCCUAUGGGAAGAGGAGGUCCACCCAUAGGAAGAGGAGGAGCGCCCAUGGGAAGAGGAGAGCCAAUGGACAGACACUGGGAGGAGCCAGAGUCAGCUGAGUACUCAGAGGAGGGGGACCCUUACUGGAGAGAAAGGAGACCUCCAAUGAGACGCAUGAGACCCCCAUUUCCACCAGGCCGGGGUCGUCCCCCACGUGGCCACCCUGGUUUCAUGUAUCCAGGACGCGGCCGUCCCCCUCACCCUCCACAUGGACCAAUAGAUCAUGAGGCAGUAGGCCAUGGAAUGGACACCGACGAGACCAAAAUGGAUCCAUCAACGCACCCUAUGUACCAUGGACACGACCCUCAUAGCCAUCCAAUGCAUCCUGAUGCAGGAAGAGGCAGACGUCGUGUACUGCCACCACCUCAUGAAAGGAUGGAUCCUGCAGAAGAGCAAUUGUAUGAUGAAGGAAGGGAGCGAGAAGUAGGUUGGCAACCACCACAUGGCAGAGGCCCUCCACCACCUCCACAUGAGAUAAUGGAUAGAGGAGGAAUAAGGAGGAGACCUAUGGGUCGAGGAAUGGCACAGGGGAUGUGGCGACCAGGUCCAAGACUUGAGGAAUAUGAAGAAGGAUAUAACGAGGGUUACGCUGUGGAUUAUGAUCAUGGGGAAGAUGGGUAUCACUGGCGGCAACAACAGGACUAUCCUUCUGAUGACUAUCGUGAUGACAAAUACUAUGAGUCUGAGUGGGACAGAGAACGUGCUCCUCCUGAGAGGGACUACCCUCCCCGCAUGCCACCACAAGAGCCCUUUAGGGAUGGCCGUUGGCAAGAGGAAAGAGAAAGAGGUCAUCAAUAUUCAUAUGAAGAACGUGACAGGGGGCGAGGAGAACUCAGGAUUCGUGAAUAUAGAGAUGAGCCACAAUACCGGCCAGACAAAUCCCCAUACCCAACCCCUUCAGACUGGGAAAGGCCUUCCAGGGUUCCUCCACCACCAGAUAGAGGGUAUCCUCCUGACUAUCAAGAUCCUAGAGCUUACUAUGAGGAGCCUAGAGAAGAACGUCCUUUAGAUUUGCCGCAUGCACCACCUGCUGCACCUGUCACAAAUUUGCCUGAAAGCUCAGCUGAACCAGCGCCCCAAGGACCAGUUGGAACAAAUGUACUUGCCCUAUCCCAGCGUCAGCAUGAGAUCAUCCUGAAAGCUGCUCAAGAGCUUAAACUAAUAAGAGAAUUGCAGGAGGCGAAGACGCCUGGUACUGAAUCUCAGCCUGCGCCAACUGACAUUCUGCCAGAACUACCUACUGGUCUUCUUAAUUUGGAGAUCCCACAAGACGUCAGGAAUGUUCUGAAGGGUAUGAGUGCAGCACAGACAACUGCAACUGAACCUGUGCCUUGGGAAAGCAAACCUACAACAAAUUACCAUCCAUCUCUCCCUUCUGCAUCCAUACCUCCAAUGAUUCCAAAGACUGUUGAUUAUGGGCAUGGGCAUGAGCCCGGAACCACUGUUGAACGGAUCUCUUAUGGUGAAAGAAUUGUGUUGAGGCCUGAUCCAAUGGCAUCAGACCGAGGCUAUGAAAAAGAACCUCUUCGUCUCAGAGAUCCUUAUAGCAGAGACCCGUACUAUGAAAGGCGAUCGGACACCUACAUGGACCGCCGGGAGUACAGCAGAGAGAGAGAAUCAUACAGAGAAAAGCCUGAAUAUGAAAGAGAAAGAUUUGAGAGGGAGCGCUAUCCACCCCCAAGAGAUAGAGAUGACAGCACACAGGCCAUGGUUGAAGAAAGAUCUCCACUGGCGCCUCCUCUACGAUCAGGAUACCGGGAGAGAGACCGGGAUGUUCGAGAGAGGGACCGAAGUGGCAGCCAUGAUCCAGAUGAACAUUAUGGAAGGCCUGCCUAUGAUAGACCUCCGUAUGAACGCGCUGGACUUGACCGUGGUGGGCCUGAUCGUUUCGGCCAUAGUUCCUCACCUUACAUGGACAGAAGAAGUUUUCCAGAGGAAAGAGGGCCUCAGACUGCACCACCCCUUCCACCACCACCACAGCCGCCCCCAAGAGUCGAGAAGAAGCCAGAAAUCAAGAACAUCGAUGACAUCCUUAAACCACCUGGCAGAAUGUCUCGGCCUGAACGGAUUGUCAUCAUAAUGAGAGGACUUCCAGGGAGUGGAAAGAGUCAUGUUGCAAAGCUCAUACGGGACAAGGAAGUUGAUUGUGGUGGUGCGCCUCCAAGAGUCCUUGUUUUGGAUGACUAUUUCAUGACUGAGGUUGAGAAAGUUGAGAAAGACCCAGACACUGGCAGGAGGGUCAAAACCAAGGGUCUUGAGUAUGAGUACGAGCCAGAGAUGGAGGAUACUUACCGGAACAGUAUGCUUAAAACUUUUAAGAAAACCCUGGAUGACGGCUUUUUCCCCUUCAUCAUUUUAGACACUAUUAAUGACAGGGUUAAACAUUUCGAUCAGUUCUGGAGUGCGGCUAAAACUAAAGGCUUUGAGGUGUAUCUGGCAGAAAUCACGGCAGACACUCAGACUUGUGCAAAGAGGAAUGUCCAUGGACGCACGCUUAAGGAUAUAGUGAAGAUGUCCAACAACUGGGAGCCUUCGCCACGACAUAUGGUGCGCUUGGAUGUCCGGUCCCUGCUUCAGGAUGCUGCUAUCGAGGAGGUUGAAAUGGAAGACUUCAAUCCUGAUGAUGAGCCCCAGGAGCCCAAGAGAGAAGAGGAAGAAGAGGGGGAUAUGGGCUACAUUCCAAAAAGCAAAUGGGAGAUGGACACAUCCGAGGCCAAACUUGACAAGUUGGACGGUCUGAGCGGCGGAGGGAAGAGAAAACGUGAAGACAUGGCAGGCCUGGAGGACUACCUUCAACUGCCGGAUGACUAUGCCACACGCAUGUCUGAACCGGGGAAGAAAAGGGUUCGCUGGGCUGAUCUCGAAGAGCAAAAGGAUGCAGAUCGAAAGCGAGCUAUUGGUUUUGUGGUGGGUCAAACGGACUGGGAGAGAAUCACGGACGAGAGUGGCCAGCUGGCACAAAGAGCUCUCAACCGCACCAAGUAUUUCUAAGAAGAAAAUGCUUUGCCUUUUUUUCCAGCUCAUUUAAAGGUGUCCAGAAUGUGAAAACACUGAAGCUUAUUUGUUGGUGAAGCAUCCACUGAGGUGAUUCCACCAACACUUCUUCUCCGUUAAUGUUUUAAGAUGGAUACGAUAUCAAUUCUUUCUUUGUUCUCUGGAUAUUCACCAAUGAUUUUGUAGUUUAUAAUUCUGUGCUGCUUCUGGUCACGCAUCCCACUCUGUCUAUUGCUGUUUUAUACUGUUACUACUUCAUCUACUGUGUACCUGUAGUGCUGUUUCUCCAUGCAUAGUUGGAAACAAUAAAAGUUUGACAAAAAUAGAAA